AAAAACCAAACCAAACCAACUCUGGACCCUUUCUUGUACUUGCACCCCCGCCACCCCCCCAACGAUUGCCACCCACCACCCUCCCGACCCCUCUCAAAAAAAAAAAAAAAUGCAAAACACGCAUCCAGAGCCGGCAUCCUGCGCACGCUGCAUCCUCUCCAGCUGCAGGCCGAGUGCACCGCCGGAGCCUUCCAUCGCACCGAGGACGGCGGACUGGGCGAAAGGAUCGAGCUGGCCGAGGUUGAGGUCGAUGUGGAUACGAUUAAGAAGCUGAAGCUGGGUCAGAGGUCAUCGUUGUGGUCCCGACCCUCGUCCACCACCUCGCAGCUGCAGCAGGAGCACCACCAACAGCAGCAACAGCAGCAGCAGCAGCAACACAAGCAACACCACCAGCAGCAACACCAACAGCAGCAGCAACAACAACAACAGCAGCAGCAACAACAACAACAACAACAACAGCAACCACACAGCAAACGAGCGCAUUCAAAGUCACCGCAGCCACAACAACAACAACCACUGCAACAGCAACGCCAACAACAACAUUCACCCGCUCCUGGCCAGAAAUUGCUUAGCGAGAAAUCGGAUUACUCGAUAUCCGUCUGAGACAUUGGUAAGAUCUGAUCGCAAGAUCAGCAGAUAGGAUGAUCAGGCCAGGCCCCCGAUAGCCACGAAAACUUUAGCACCAGCAUUCGGGCCGUUUUUGUACAUUUUUAUAAUGCAUUUGUUACCAAAACCUCAACCUCAACCACCAAGCCCCAUGAACCUCUAACCCCAAAACUUUUCGGAAGACCCCUGAACCCAGUAAUCACCUACCCCCCCAAAAAGCUAAAAAAGAAACAACAACACUCAGAUAAACUUUCGGACAAUCAGUAUCAAAAUUUUUGCACCAACCAUCCAAAAACCAAGCAUACCGAAUCAAAAAACACACACUUCCCAUUUAAAAACUCCUGCCCGUAUUUAUAGAGCCAAGUCAUACCUACAAUUAAGUAUUAACGAUUGUGCAUGCUAUGAUCCCACGUAAAUGUGAAUGAAUAUGGCAUGUGUCCAAAGCAAAAAAGAACCCAGGUCAGUUGUCGAACUUCCAGAAAUGUUGUAUGUACAUAUACUAAACGUAGAUUCUUAAGUAUCCGUAUCGACUAAUGCGUAUAUCACUCGAAACUGUAACUCAACUACUAACUGCAAACUAUCGCAAACUAUCGUAUCGUAUCGAAUCGAAAUCGAAACUCGAAACUCGAACUGUUUUUCAUCGUAUGUAGAAAGGAUGAUCUUCUAAGUGUGGGUGUCUCAAAUAUAUAUAGAUGAGUGUUUGGCCUAUAGCAACUACUCCUAAAGUAGUCCUAUAAGUUUUUGGGUUUUUUGUAGUGCACCAGGGCGAUGAAACGAGGAAUUUAAUCUUGAAAUUUCAACUAAAACCAAAAACUCAGAUAUAUGCUGUGUACAAAUUUAUAUGAAUGUAUAUUUAUAUGUGUCCGUGUGCGUGUCUACGUUAUGAGGCAGUCGUGUGUGCGCUCAUGUAUAUAGGAUAUAUAUACCGAGAUAUAUACAAUCGAAUCGAAGAAUACUCAUCUAGUUGUUAGCGAACCGAAUCCACGUACGAUUACAUGUAGAGUAUUGAGUAUAUUUUGUAAAUAAUCAAAAGCGAAACCCUCAAAGGACUGACAAUGAUGCGAUGAACGCAUGACUCCGCUGAGAAAACUCACAGAUAUAUAAUAGUAAAGCAAGUAAGCCACAAUGAAAUGUUAACUAAAUGUAUUCGAUAUAGCCGAUGUACACACACUCACACUCGAAUAUGUCGCCAGCUGAAUUUGAAUUCAAAGCAGUCAGUAUUCAUAGAUAAUAUGACAUCGCAUAUGAUAUCGCAGUAACCACGCAUUAGAGUUUCCAUUACAAUAAACAAAAAAAAAACCGUCAUUCGAGUCGAGUUGUAGAUAAAUGUUUUUAAAAAGCGAAUUAAGCGAAGGAGCGAAGGAAGCGAAGCCUGUAGGAGAAUCAAAUACAAGUCGUAAUCAAAUUUCGAAUUAUUACAAAACACUCAAUCAAGCAGCAGCAACAAGAAACGAAAGCCAAGUUAGGAGCAGACAAACAAACUACAAAUUAACAUAACUCUUAGUUCGUAUCGAAUAAUCCAAGUAAUACGAGUACAUAGCUGUAUUUUAACUAGCCUACAAAAGCAUAAGGAAAAACCAACCCAUUAAACAGUCAAAUAAUGAAAGUGAGGAGGAGCAAAAGGGGGUCGAAUCGAACCCAUUUCGGAAACCAUGUGCCAAAAUUUGUUUUUAGACAAAGCUCUCUUAAAUUACGAGUAUACAAUAAAUAACGCAAGCCACGAAAAGCGAGUAAAUAGCAGCCAUGAAAUAUGAACAUACAAAUUAGAGCCACAGAAUUCACGAAUUAAAGUCGCAGAUUAAGGUGUUCACUUGGGGGAAUUUAUUGGGCCCAAGCCCAAAGCAUACUUAUUUCGAGUUUCAUUUAAAAAUAUAAAUUAAAAAACGUAAAUUCACGAGAAAGCAGCACUCUUUGUUUAUAUAGCAAUUGCGACGGAUAAAACGCCGCGGCGAUUUUAGUCGGUUUUUAUAUGCAUUUAUUUGUACGAAGCAAUGAAAUGGUUUAUUACAUUCAACAUCGAAUUUUACGAAUUUAUUAAAACAACAGCAAGUUGCGACUGCAAGGGGCAACCUCACAGCAAAGUCUACAAAUCAAAAGAAGAAAUUAACUUAAUAGAUCACAAUCAAAACGAGAUGAAAACCAAGUAAUUAUACGAGAGGAGGAAACAAUUUUUAUGUUUAACAUAUAAUUAGCACAACAACUACAAAAUAAAAACUAUUAAUGUAAAAACAAACGGCAUUUAAAAAAUAUAAGA